AACUGGGUCCGCCGUUUUCACAUCUCAUGAUCUGCAAAACGCAUGUUUAACUUCUCAUCUCUUCACCUCUCCAGUUUGUUCUCUCUUUAUUUCUUUCAAUUCUGGAAUAAAUGUUAUUUGCAUUCAAUCUACUCCCGGUUACGACGCUUCCGUUUUCUUCUUCUGAGAGCUAUAUAUAUCUGCGAUUUGACAGCAUGCUUGAUCCUCAGAACCACUAUCAGUUUAUCAUAUUCUAAAGCUUUGAAAUAUUCAAAAAGAUGGCUUCCUCCGAUGUUGUUGUCGCUCACUCAGCCUUCGAUGUUCUCCGCCUUGGAAGAUCUGCCCAGUUCAUCGUUGGUCGUCUGCUACGUUUUUGGGACUCUAAGAACAUCAAGAAACAGGGUGAAUUCAUGGGAAUCACUCUGCUCCUCCUUGAUGAAAAGAACUCGGUUAUACAUGGAUUCAUUCCUGCUGGUCGCUCCCCUUAUUACCGUCCGUUACUGAAAGCGGGCUCAGUCGUGAGAGUUUCGCGCUUUGAGGUUGCAAGAUGUACAAAUAUGUACAAGAUAACAGACCAUCCUUUCGUGAUCCGGUUCAUCCCUCAGACAACCAUUGAUGAAGUUGUCGCUAACGCUCCCGUGAUCAACGUUGAGAAAUUCAUGAUACGCAAGUUUGACCCUCUCCAAGCUCUCGCAAACACUAAUUUGGAGCUUCCCGAUGUUGUGGGGCAGAUUCAAUCUGUCCAAGGUUCGGACCUGAAGGACGCUGGAGUGAUGAGUCGAGUUACUGUCCGUUUAAUGAUUGAACCGAUGGUGGUCGUGUACCUCUCUUUGUGGGAUGAUGCUGCAUCAAAGUUUAGGGGUCUCAUUAGCUCAGGUGAUAGGACACAGUCAGUCAUGGUGGUCACAACCGUGAAUCCCAAAAUAUUUGGAGGUAACCUGUACCUCAACUCUACCCCAGCGACGAAAUUUUAUUUCGACCGAGCUCUAGAAGCUAUCGUGGAGUUCACGGCCAGCUUAAACGCCCCCUUGGGAGAAGCUUUUCCGUGCAUCGACAACAAAGACGGCAUAAGAAAGAAGGAAGUUGUCUCCAUUGGAGAGCUGAACAAGUUCAUUACCAGCUCUGAUGAACAGACGCAGGAAGCUGAUUUCAUUUGCAAGGCUCGGGUUAUGGAAGUCCUGCAACAGAAUGGUUGGUCUUUCAUUUCUUGCACUGGCUGCAGCAAGAAGCUUGAAAAGUUUGGGAGCUCUCUCCGUUGCAACCGUUGUGCUAAUCCUAACGUCACAGGAGUUAUAAAGUACCGUGUUGAACUUGUCGUUGAUGAUGGGGCUGAUAAUGCCACUUUUGUGGUCUUCGACAAGGAGAUGGUGAAGCUGACUAAGCAGGAUGCAGCAGGCCUGACUCUAGAUGAGAUGAAUGGUGGUGAGAGCGAGGAACUCCCGCAAAUGUGUUAGAGACCUUGCUGGAAAAGAAAUUAUUUUCCAUAUACGUGUGACACCAUUCAAUUUUACCCCAAACCACCGUACUUUCACUGUCUCUUCAAUCCUUGACAUCAUCCCUUCCGAGACGUUUAAGACCACUGAAGAUGAAUAUGUUCAGGUUGAAGGUGGUGAAGCGUCGGCAUCUGCCAGCAAGAAUGUCAAAGGUGAAGCUAAUGAACCAAGUCCAUCUGCUGAUGGAGUCGCAGAAGGGACCCGUAAAAGCCUCCGUGAGUGAAGUUAAAAAGCAGGACCACCGUCAACCCACCUAUGUUGUCGUUUCUUCUAUGUACUUUCUUAUUUUAAACUUUCCAUUUCCUUUCUGUUUCAAGGUUUUUUUUUUCAAGACACCAAUGCUUUUUAAUGUUUAAAUACAAGGGUUUGACGGAAUAUUUAGCAUCGUUGAUAUCAAACUUUGCAAAAAACAUUUAGUGAAAGUAUAAAAUUUUAAUAUAAUACUAUCUAUUUGCCCA